CCGGCCGCCCGCACCCGCCCAGCCGCAGCGCGCAGCAGCCACCCCCGGGAUCCUCGUCACGUGCGCUCGGGCCGAGGAGCAGUUCCGGUGGCUCGAAGUCCUUUUCAAAGAUAAGGGGAAUAAAGAAGUCACCUCCCCAGCUGUCAUCAUCUGGCAGCAGAUUGAGCAAGACUCUUCUGAGCACUGCAGAGAAGACAACCCAUCUGCCCUCAGAUGAUGAGCAGCCCUGUGACCUGUUCAAGAAAAGGAAUAGGAUGAGUGACUGUCGUCAGAAAAGCAGCAGUGUGAAUGCCGGCUCAUCUUGGAAUCAAGUACAACAUUCAAAGACUUCUGCAGGAAAGAGGCAGAGUAGAUCCCACCUGGGAAGCAGCCUCCUUGGCAUCUCCCAGCCUGCAGCAGAUAAACUCAUGGAAACCAUUUCCACGGAGGGAAGACAGGAGCAGACUGUGCUCAGCUCCAGGUAUCAGGCUGCCUCUGGAAGCAAGCUAUUCCUUGACUUUCAGUCCAUGAAAAUCAUGAAGGAGGGUGCUGACGAAGACAGUGCAAGUGACCUGUCGGACUCAGAAAGAGUGGCCAUUCCUCCUUCUCCAUUCACGCCUCCCGACCUCAACCUUCGAGCGGAAGAGAUAGACCCAGUUUCCUUCAAUCUUCACCCAGACCCGAGCCGGGCAGAACCUGAACACUGCUACCCUGACUUUCUUCCACCCCCUUUCAACUCCUGGGACCUCCAGGAUAUGGCUGUGGUUCUGAACACAGAGUGCAGGAGUGAGGCCCUGCCUCGGGCCACGGGGUUCCUUGGGAAGUACAUAGACAGACUUCUUCAACUGGAGUGGCUGCAAGUCCAAACUGUGCAGUGUGAGAAGGCCCGAGCCGCCAAGGCGAGGCCCCAUGGGGCCUCUGGGGUGCUGAAAAGCCCUCGGCGGGGUAAGCUCCUCACCAGUGCACUGUCCAAGCCCUUACUGUCCCCAGAAGGGAUUCCAAAGCCAGGCCCUUCUCGAAAGAAAGGUUUUCACCUCGAAGAAGCCCACCCCUCUUACUAUGCGUUUGAGACUUCGCCCAGAUCUGUAGAUGCCCCUGCUCGCCCCAGGCCGUGUUCUCAGAAGCAAGCCCCUGAACUGAGAAUGGAAAAGAAGAAGAAACCAAGUAAGGAUCCCAAGCUUCAGCUCCGUGCUCCACCCUGCGCCGAGGGCAACCCUGCAAUGGAAGCCAAUGGUAACAUCCGAAUUCCCAAGCAGUCCCCAGUGCUUCUGGACCCAAUGGACUCCUGUAGGACCUCCAGGACACAAGCACACUCGGACCUGAAGAAAAAGGGAAAUGCAAAUAACUGUGGUCUCUCCGCUUCAUCCAGUGAGAAAAAACUCAAAACCGGUGGAGCAAAGCAAGGCACAUAUAAGUUAAAGUGACCGCUGAGGUGAAGAGUCUAAAAAGGGGGCUCGCCCCAAAGUGAUGGUGAAUUUGAAUCCAUUUGUGAUCACUGACUCAAGUAGCCGGCUGACUCUCCAGCUACCCCCCCUUCCCUCCCCCAACACUUAUUUUCAGAGGUCUCAGUAAGGCUCAGUAAGCUGUUCUUGGUAUCCAGUCUUAAGCAUUUGAGGGACCAGUAGGUCAGAGUUAACUCAUGUGUCUAUGACACAGAGGAUUGGAACGGCAGUGCCGGUCAGCCAUUGUAGAAUUGGCCCCAGUGUCCCUGUCUCUGGAGGGUGGGAAACAGUGUUUACUGCUUUACGUGACAGAAACCCUGGAGCCUCACAGAAGAAAGGCCCUGCUGGCUCACUGCCGCCUGGUUUUGCAUAAACCCUCAAGCAGAGUUUCUGCUGUUGAGUCUUUGUCUCAUCUGCUGCCCACCCUCCUCCAAGCCUCAGGUCCACUCUGUUUGGAUCACAUGAGUUUCUAUUCUGGGUGUCAUUUAUCUGAGCCAGUUCCUUGCCAGAGGCAAAGGCAUCUAGAUUGUCUAUCUGGUGCAUUUUAAAAGGUUUUAAAUCCAGAGGUAGUGCAGUAGCCUGUUUCUGAGUUCUCUUAACUGAAGUUAAAAUCACUGGUAGGUUUUCCAGAGGGAAGGUCAGCAGGCCCGACCAUGGUUGCUGCUGUUUGGUGAGGCAAGAAAGAAUCAUCUGGCACCUUAGGCCUUUGAGGAACCAAAGGAAUACUCAAAUGUAAGUUGUUAAGGUACUGACUAGGGACCCAUAUCCUGUUCUCAGUCAAAACUCAUAGUCUGUUUCCAUUUGUAGGAGCAGGGUUUUCUAAUCAUGCCUGGGGAGAAAGCAGACACAUUUGUGCUCUCUCUCUCUCUCUCUCUCUCUCUCUUCUCUCUCUCUCUCUCUCUCUCUCUCUCUU